CCGCAUAGUCAGCUUAUCAUCGGAAUUUAUGUACUUUUUUACAAUAAAAUUUUCUGUUAAACGAAUCGAACACUGAUCGAAGUAAAAUAUUUUCUUUACGACAUUGCAAUGCAAGAGAAAUGUUUCUCUCGCUAUUAUUAAUAAUUUCAUGUCAAAGACUGGGAUCGGUAUUCGCAGACAAAGAUUCCGGUAGUGAGAGCGACUUCGGUACCGGUUUAAUAUCAUCUUUGAGGAAUGAUGCCAACCUAGAUCUUUCUGUGGACGAAGAAUAUGAGGAUUUGCGAGCGGAAGCAUUAGCUUAUCAUAGCGCUCUUGCCUCACUAACGUCUCGGAGAUCUUUAAUAACAACCGAAUGUUGGAAACAUGGCGGUAUCUGCAUCAGCUUCAAACUAUGUCCCGGUUAUAGACAACUCACAGAAAUACCUGGCUGUAAAAACAGACAUAGAGUUUGCUGUUUUGUAUGGAAUCAGUUUGAAGUAAGGGAUAUGAGAGAUAAAGGUAUAGGAAAUCCAGCGUUUCCAUGGAGUCUUAAUCAUGAAUAUGGCGGUGAAGGGAUACGAGAAAUAACUACAAAGCGCCCUAAGAAGAAAAAACGUACAACUGUUAAGGAAAUUAAAAAAAACUCCUAUAAGAGAUUAUAACUGUUUUCUUUACCAUCUCAUGACAUAUCGUUCAUUAACAUUAUGAAAAAAAAAUAUCGUUAAAGGAGAAUAUCAAGAAUAAUAAAAUUCGUAGUCAAGUAAACUAACUUAUCUUGUAUUUCGACUCAUUGACUGGUUACUCUACAAAAUAAAAUUAAAUCAAACUUGUCUAUUCAGUGAUAACAAAUACAAUCCAAGUGAAUCGAAAUGUAGAAGCCAAGAAAUUGUUAUCUAAACCAAUGUUUUCUAUCGAGUGUGAAAUCAAUUUUAUAGACAACUGAAAUCAUUUGACAGAGCACAAACUGAUCGAAUUCUUUUCGUAGCUAUGUUGCUUGUCUUUAGUUUUUUUGUAUCUAUACCUAUUAUUUCCAUAGAGGGAGAUUUUAUAGAUCCCCUAGAAAGUAUUCCAUUAUUACCACCAACUUAUAAAGACAUAUUUAUUGCGAGCAAAGGAGGCAGGCCACAGCUCGGAACUACCUCUGCGACUUGUUGGGCUCGCGGCGGCAUUUGUAUACAGGUCAGACACUGCUCUAGUGAUAAGGGUUUUGAUGCAACAGUUAGCGGUUGUUCAAGCAGAUUUAAGGUAUGCUGCAGAGUAUUUAAACAAUUGCCACCAACCGUUGGCGUUCAAAGAAGUCGUCAAAUCGAAAAGGAUGACGAUGAAGAAAUUGAAGAUAUUGAUAAAUCUUUGGGAUCUGGGUUUUUAGUGUCUUUAUCUUUACCUUGAUGAGUAGUGUCUUUAUCUUGAUGAGUAAUAAAUCCAAUCCAAUCCAAUAAAAAUAAGUUUCUAUCCAACGUAUAAAAGUUAGAUAUAUUUAUUCUUUAAAUUUCAUGACAAAAAAUUGCUAAAGAUUAUAUAAUUCUAAGUAUCAAUACCACAUUUUCUUCAAAAAAACUUUUAUUAUUUUUGUAGUUUCAUAGCACCAAAGAGACCAUAUAAUUUUUAAUUGAGUGUCCUCUAUUCCUGUGAAAUAGAUAUAAUCGUACUCUACCUUCACAUGGGACAAAUUGAUGUUGAUGGAAUAUUUCAUCUCAACAAAAUUAACAGACCUGGAGACUGCACUUUGUACAUUUUGAAUGAAUUAUUUAUGUAUCGGUU